CUCUCUCUCUCUCUCUCUCUCUCUCUCUACAUAUCCACACAUAUAUAUACACACACCCUCCUCCCUGUAGUUCAACAACUUCACAAAAUCCACCGCUUCCUCUCAUUAACCCCCAACAUUACUCCACCUCCUCCCAUCCAUCCACUUGGUUUCCUUUUUUUUUUAUAAAAACACCUCAAUGGCUGGCUUCGAAGGCUUCGAAAAGCGCCUGGAGCUGAACUUCUCCGGCGACGAUCCUGUAGCGGUCGCCGGAGGCCGGGUCGACCUCGGCCUCCGGCGGCUGGGGUUCGAGUCGCUGCAGAAAGUGCUCCACGCGGUGCAGUGCACCGUGGUGUCAGCGGUCGCCAACCACUACUUCGAUGCCUAUGUCUUGUCGGAAUCGAGCCUGUUCGUUUACCCCACCAAGAUCAUCAUAAAAACAUGUGGGACCACCCAGCUGUUGAAAUCCAUCCGUCCGUUGCUGGGCUACGCUGCCGAUAUGGGUCUGAUCCUCUGCGGGUGCAGGUACACCCGAGGCAGCUUCAUUUUUCCGAAUUCCCAACCUUACCCCCACACAAGCUUCAGGGAAGAGGUCAAUUACUUGGAAAAUAAGCUCCCGAACACACUUAUUUACAGAAAGGCCACUGUGAUGGAUUCGUCCGAUACCGAUCACCACCAAUGGCAUGCUUUCACUGCCAGCGAUGGGACCCACUUCGUUUCCGACGAGUUUUACACCGUUGAGGUUUGCAUGACGGAGCUGGACCCCGUUCUGGCAAGAAAAUUUUUCCGGCGACCCAAUUGCGAGUAUUCCGGCGAUAUGGAUGGGAAAGAGAUGACGGCAAUGACGGGGAUCGGUGAUAUAACCCCUAAUGCGAUUAUCUGCGAUUAUGGGUUUGACCCGUGCGGGUAUUCUAUGAACGGAGUUGAUAUGGAUAGGUACUCGACGAUCCACGUGACGCCGGAGGACGGGUUCAGCUACGCGAGUUUCGAGUGGGUCGGGCCGGGCUGCGACGGGCUCGGCGAGGUGUUGAAGAAGGUGGCGAAGGUUUUCCGGCCGGCGACCAUGUCGGUGGCCACGACGGGCGCCGGGCGGGAGGUGUGGACGCGUGUCAAGAGCGCGUUGGAGCCGAUGGGGUUGAAAUGCCGGAGCGUCGCGGCGGAUGACUUCCCGGCCGUAGGGAGUGUGGUAUUCCAAACGUUCGCGACUCGCCGGAAUUAGCCCAUAGCGGCGGCGGUGGUGGUGGGUACAUUAAAAUGGUCUAAAAAGAGGGGUGAGAUAGAGAGUUUAUUACUAGGAGAUUUAAUUAGCAAAUUUUUUUUUAAGGGUGAUCAUGAACCGGGAGUACUCAAACUCUUCUGUACCUCUUUCUUCGUAUUGUACCUCUCUUCCUCUCUUCCGAUGCAUUUUCAAUCAAUUUUUUUUUUUUUUUUUUGUGAAAUCAUUAAACUAGGGGAUCUUGAGGCAUAAUCAUAUGACUAAAAAUUCAUCGGAACAGAGGUACAUCAGAAAUUGGUAUAGAUGUUGAUGCAUGGAUGGGUGCAUGCAUGAUGUAUGGUGAGGUGAAUGCGUGGAGGUAAUUGUAGUGGAUGUGGGGUUGACUCGUGGACAAUGACUUUGGGUAUGUAAGCAUGGCAGCAUGCAUUGUAACAGGGAAGGGGGGUGGGUUUUUGGUUGGGUGUGGAUUUCACCAUGAUAGUGCACCCCACUUGGGUUUGUCACUCACGCCUAAAGGGAUUUUGAGGGUUUGUGUUUUUUACUAGUGGGAAUUAAGGGGGGGCAAAAAGUGUUCAUGUGGAAAUUAUAUGAACUUUCUAUCUCUUUCUCA